CACAUUUUAUUUAGGUUGCGUCAUUUCCGCCGUUCGUCCUUCACUGAGUUCUUCCUGUAACUCGUGACUGUCAGAGAGAAUCAUGGCGUGAGUUUAUUAAUCACAUAAACACACAGAAAACAGCCGCCAUGUGGAGGAUUCAGAGUUUAGUGGGCAGAGUGUUGAGCCGUUGUCAUGGAAACACUCAGCUGCGGCUCUCGCAGGGUCAUCACGUGGAGGACGAGGUCAUCAACUCCUCCAUCCUGACCGGAGGACGGCACGUGUCUGACAGCAGCAGUUCUCAGAGGGGCCAAGAUGAUCAGAAAAAGAAACGAACAUCUCAGUUCUGCUACACUGGACUGCCGAGAUACACCGCUCUGGACGCCGUGGGCUGGGGCGCCGCUGCCGUUCUCUUCAUGCAGCUCUGUCGCAGGAUUCACUCUCGGUUCUCCUCUCAUGCGGAUCAGAACUCUGGACCGGCCCGAAUCAGAGACGUCAGACUCGUAGGGAAAUGCACCUACAAGGUCCUGAUUGACAUCCUGUCCAGGGAGAAUGUUUUGUCUGGCGAUGUGACCGUGAGGUGCCUGCGGGGGGCGCUGCAGACUCCAGAGCAGAAUGACAGCAGCAGUAGUCAUAAUAAUAGUGACAACAGCAGUGAUGGAGAUUCGACCUCUGACCCACAGAUGGCGCACACCUCUGUUCACCAGCAGGAGGAGACAGUGAGCGGCCCGUCCCACUCCGAAGAAACUCUUUUUCCUGAACAAGCGAAACCACAGGAACGUCUCACACCUGAUGAAGCAGCGCAGAAUUUGAGACACGUGACGGACAGCAGCGUACCAGUAAUCCUCAACAUCAUUGGUCUGGAGAGUGCUAAAGCGGGUGAUUACGAGACGGCGUUCUCGUGUUUUCUGGCUGCGGCUCAACAUGACUACAGCAAAGCUCAGUUUAACGUGGGAGUUUGUUACGAGAGAGGACGUGGAGUACAGCGAGACCACAGCAAGGCGGUGCAUUACUACAGACGCGCCGCAGUCGCUGGCCACCAUCAGGCUCAGUAUCGCUGUGCUAAACUCCUCCUGAGCAGCAGAGGGCAGCAGAGCUCAGAGACCGACGCAGCAGCAGCACUGAACUUCCUGUACGCGGCGGCAGACGCCGGACUCACAGAGGCUCAGGUGUAUCUGGGUGUCGUGUUGUCUCAGGAUUCAGAGUGUGACAAAAAACAGUCUGUUCAUUAUUUCAGGAUGGCGGCUGAGCGAGGGGACAGCGGUGCUCUGGUGUGUCUGGCUCAGUGUUAUGAGAAGGGUUUCGGCGUGGCUCCGUGUGUCCAAACCGCCAUCACACUGUAUCAACAGGCAGCAGCCAGAGGAAACCAGCAGGCCAGAGACCUCCUGAGAGACAAACACAGCAGAGAGAUCUUGCGCUCGAUCCGAUCUGCUCCUUGCUUUUCUGUGAUUGGUCAAAUGAAUCUGAACUCCAUCGUUCCUCAAGAGACCAGAGAUGAGAAGCCCCGCCCACAGCAACGAUCUGACUGUCAGUCACAGCCGCUUCCUCAUUCCUGGAGUACAGGAAGUCUGAGUGCGCUGCCGUCAAUCACGCUUCAGAUGCUCAGUGCUGACAGCAGCCGCAAGGUUUGGACGCUAGGGGUGCGAUAACGCCACAGAUACUUAAUUAUGAAUUCAUCUCUCAUCAGUUACUGAUUUUUAAUGGUCCGCUGGUCAAAAUGAUUUGACACAUACAAAAAAAAAAAAAAAAAAGCAUAUGCAAAAGCAUGUAGCUGUUAGAAACGCACACGACGGAAACUAUCUGAGCGAGGCUCAGAUGUGACACAUGAAUGUUCUCUGUGAUUGGUUGAAUUACCUAUGAGAUGUGAUAGCUUUUGUUUCUGCCUCUUUAAAUGUGUUUUGGGCGGUGGGAAUCUCUUUAUGAUGUGUUUGGUUUUGUAUAUAUUUGUGUGUUUGGUUAGGAAGAGUAUAUGUGAAAACUGUAGAAGCUUGUUUCUGCCACAAAGAUAUAAACAAAGAUAUAAAAAAGGGUGAUUGACUUUUUUACCUCACAAUUCUGUCUAAAAAUUCUGGGAAUUUUUUUUUUUUUGAGAUGUAAACUCUUGAGGAAAGUAGUCAGAAUUGUGAGAUAUAAAUUACGAGAUAUAAACAGAAUUUUGAGGAAAAUAGAACUGCAAGAUAUAAAUUGUGAGAUAUAAAUUCAGAAUUUUGAGGAAAACAAAAUUGCGAGGUAUAAAUUCAGAAUUUUGAGGAAAAUAGUCAGAAUUCUGAAAUAUAAAUUGCAAAAUAAAAAUUGCGAGAUAUAAAUUGAGAUAUAUAUUCAGAAUUUUGAAGAAAAUAAAAUUGCGAGGUAUAAAUUCAGAAUUUUGAGGAAAAGAGUCAGAAUUCUGAAAUAUAAAUUGCGAGAUAUACACUUAGAAUUUUGAAGGAAAUAGAAUUGCGAGAUAUAAAUUGAGAGAUAUAAAUUACGAGAUGUAAACUUAGAAUUUUGAGGAAAAUAGAAUUGUGAGAUAUAAAUUACAAGAUAUAAACUCAUAAUAAACAAUAAUCAUAAUUGUGAGAUGCAAACACGCAGUUCUGUGAAAGAACGUCUGAAUUACCUUUUUUUUUAUAUUUUUAUUCCGUUCCAGAAACAAGCUUCCACAGAAUGCAGUGAAAUUGUGAUUGACUGUGUUUUUACUGAGCAUGUAGAAAGUGAUGUGCAAGAAUAAGCUUUUCUCUAUAUUAUUUGUGUAUAAUCUGCUCUCAGACUGUCUUGUGAAGAUCACAUGAUGCUUUCAUUCAUAAGUCAUUUUCUUUUCUGUAUUUUGAGUUGAACACAUUGUUUACAUGAUUAUACUAAAGCAGUAAGAUCACAUAUUCAUUCAGAAGCAGAAGAAUUAAUUAUCAAGAGAAUAACACCGUUAGCACCAAUUCUCUACCAAAUGAAUUACACGUGCCAAAGGUUUAAUUAACAUAUGUGCCUUAAUUGGACUGUACACAAAUACUAAUCCUGAACAAGCCAACAGUAAUUUCUUACGAGUCCCAAAUAUCAGAAUCUGAUGUAGCACUUUUGAGGUUUAUUAAAAGUAACUUCAUCCUAAAGCACCGUCUUUAACUCUGAAUAGAAAUAAAGACUUCUUUUUUUACCGUG